AAAUAUCCGGUUACAAUGACAUUUUUACUAAUCGUGGCUUCACGCAUCCGGAACUGAAACAAAACAUCAGGGCUCAGGCACUUUCAUUCUUUCAUUCAAAAUUCAAUUCAAAUUCGGUGUGGACGGAAUGGAGGUCCGCUUCACGCGAGGCAAAUCUGCGAUCCUCGAGCGCUCGAUCACGCGUCCUAAAACGGAGGUGAGCGUGAGUGCGUUUGCGCUGCUGUUCUCCGAGAUGGUGCAGUACUGCCAGAGCCGGGUGUACUCGGUGUCUGAGCUCCAGGCCCGGCUGGCUGACAUGGGUCAAGGUGUGGGAGCCAGUCUUCUCGAUGUUCUUGUGAUGAGGGAGAAAAAUGGGAAAAGAGAAACCAAAGUAUUAAACAUACUUCUCUUUAUUAAGGUAAAUGUGUGGAAAUCUUUGUUUGGCAAGGAGGCAGACAAACUGGAACAAGCCAACGACGAUGACAAAACAUACUACAUCAUCGAAAAGGAGCCUCUGAUCAAUGCCUACAUAUCAGUACCUAAGGAGAAUAGCACUUUAAACUGUGCGGCCUUCACUGGUGGCAUUGUGGAGGCUAUCUUAACCCACAGUGGCUUCCCAGCUAAAGUCACGGUCCACUGGCAUAAGGGAACCACACUGAUGAUCAAGUUUGAUGAGGCAGUCAUUGCUCGAGAUAAAGCUCUUGAUGGGAGAUAGCAGAUUGCUUUGCACAUCAGAAUCAAGUCUCAAGGUUUACCCUUGAGUCUGGUGUCUCAAUAGGAUUUAAGUUGAAUUGAUUGUUUUUUCAUUCAUUUUUAUAGCUAACAAAUUCACUGCAUCUAGCACCCAUCUCAAAUAACUUCAAGCCUGUAUCUGGCUCUCUUGCUUUAUUAAUGAUGUUGCAGAAUAUAGAUGAGGACAAACCACAUCAGCACAGUCACCUCACUAGUCCAAUCCCGUGUAAAAAAUAAUGUCUUUACUGAUACACUAAUGCAGUAAAGGGUUAUACAGUUCUCUGUAUGAAGUUCUUAAUCUUUGGAUGUCUAUUUUGCAUAUGUACUAAAACAAAGCAUGAAUAAAUUGUUGUAAUUAAUCAAUUAAAUCAGAAUUUAAUAGAUUGUUAGGUUUGGAUCUCAUUGAGUUGUUGAGUAUAAGAUGUGCCGGACAGCACAUUACUGCACAGAUAUUGCGUGAAAAAAAGAAAAGAAAAGUCAAAUGACCCUUUAACCGUUUAGUUUUCCAAAAUUUUGCAGACAAUGUUCAUAUGGCAAAAUUAAAUAUGUAUAUGAAGUUUUAUUUACAGCAUUAAUUACAUUUGGACUUCUUGAUCAUUUUUGUAUUAUAGACGAUUGAUCUAUGUAUGUGUAUGUUUCAUUUGUUCACAUGUUCUUUCAUUGUCCUACAAUAUAAUAAAGUCUUUGUAAAUUGCAAGAAGA